UCUGACAAAAGGGAAUUGGUGAGGUAGUGCGGCCAUGCCUACCUCACCAACAACGUGUUUGAGCGAGAUGGAUGACUGCGCGGGGUAUGCCACCUGGCGGGGCCAUAUCCAUGGCGGAGAGGCGAUCGAUUGCAAAUUGGUAUGCUUGGACUCGAAAACUCGCGCCAAAGUGUCGGAGUUGUUUCUUCUUGGCGGUCCCGAAUGUGUAGACGUCGCUCUCGGUCUUGUUGUCCCCAGUUGCGGUGGGUUUGUGAGCAAGGCAUGCAGUUCCAAGGAGAGGACGAGGAUUCACAACAAGGUUGCAGAUUUGGGAGGGUUGCGUGCUUUGCGUCUUGCAGCGAACAUGGCGCGCGACGCCACGGCGGCACCUGGGGUGUCUUCUCCCCCAUCAUGGGUAGACGGGGUUGCCUGCGACCACAGCAGGAGGUUAUUGUUGACGUUGGCAUCGGCAGAUUGCUGUGCGGCGCUGCCCGAGUGCCAGGUAGAUGAACUGUCAUUUCCAUGGCCGGGAGGCAAAGGAAGCGCCGGUUGGACGGGAAGAUGGGACCUCCAUCAUGACGAGAGGAAGAGGCUCUUAAGAGAUCUGCAUUGCUUUGGCGGUUCCGAGGCCCUUAAGGUUGGAGAGACCUUGACGCAAACGGCCAGUCGGUUCCGGAGGAAGGAGGUUAAUAUGCUUUAUGCCCGACUUUUCAAGGUGGCUGGGUAUAGGGGUCUGCUGGCGGGUUCUCGCAUUGCCGAAGAUACCGAUUUUUGGCGCGAAUAUGAUUGCGCUCUUGAGUGGGAAACUUCUGCAGCUCUUCCCGCUCCCAGAUUAAGCGCGUCUGAGUUGGCAGUUCGGCUUUUGCAGAGUUUGGAGCAGGCGUGUGGUGGAGAGGUCCGGCAACGAGUGGAAGAGAUUCUUCUGGGAUCGGAGGAAGGCGGGAAUGAAAUGUUGCACCAGAUGGUGGAGGGGAGGAAGGGUCCGCUGCACAACGCCGUUGCGGGGCUUGCUCCAGGGAAAGUGUCGGAGGAUGUCAUCGGCUUAUGCUAUGCCUUGUGGGCAAUGAAGCAAACAGGCAGUUUGGUCGCCGGCGGCAAACAUCGGGCCAGCAAUGCUUUGGCUCUGUGUCAGGCACGGUCAGGCGCUUCUGCAGCAGGUCGUCAGAGUCACCUCGCGGGGAAGGCAGUGUGCAAAUGGACGCAGCGCGGGCUACUGAAUGAACUCUACGUGUCGGGCGGGACGAAGGCCGUGAAGGCGGGACAAAGACUGGUGGAGUUGCUGGCGAGCAAGAGGUGCGAGAUGGAGGUAAGCGUGAAGGGAUCAUGGAGGAGGUUGGGGGAAUUGGAGAGGAAGGUGGUUGCCGAGAUGAUACAGGAAGCCGGACCAGUCGGCCUCAAGGUUGCCGACACGAUGAUCGAUUACUUUUGGUGGACUGUCGGCUGGCGCGCAGCUGCGGCUGGCGGGAGACAUGUGAGGGUGAAAGAGAGAAGCGAAUCGUACUGCAGGUGGACAGAUCAAGCAAUGUGGGAGAUGCACUUGAUGGGGAAGUUGGUGGUUCUGGGAGGUGUCCGAGCCAUGGAGGUAGGUCUCUCAUUGGUCGAGGAAGCCAGAACGACCCGCUACCCGCAGCGCCUCCAGUCGUUGAUGAAGUCGUUGGAAGAACUUGCGGGGAAAGGGAGUGUGCCGGUGGCAACCCAAUUGGUCGGUGGGCUGAAGAAGGGAGGGGACGCUGCCGAGCGCAUCUCGGAGGAAGAAUGGAGCGUGUUGAACGGCCUGAAAUUGCUUGGAGGCGAGUGCAUGUUUCAGCUUGGCAAAUUGCUCCUUCGCGGGCCGGACAAGUGCCCCCGCGAGAGGCAGAACGACAUUCUCUGCGAGAUUUACCAAGCCGUCGGGCCAAUGGGCUUGGAAGCCGCCGAGUAUUUGCGAUCGAAGUCUGUCGACGCAAUGACGAACAACGACUUCGGUGGCGUGAGGGAAAGGUUGUGGGGCUGGGAGGUAACGAGGUGCGAGGAUGCCAGGAAGGAGAGUGCUAUAAGCGCCGGUGCAGGAUCGAGGAAGGCUUAUGAGAAGCUCGUCUCGAGGCUGCAUGAAGCUAAAGCCGAGGGUGGACGCGCCGUCUUGGAAACAGUUCUUUCUCUCCGCAAAGAAGAAGCCGAGGCUAUCGGCGACCACUGGCAUGUCCCGGAAACGAUUCUGAAAUGGGCUUUCAAUCAACGGUGGGAGAUGGUGAGAGAGAUGCUUCUUCUCAAGGGUACCCCGGGCUGGACUGAGGCGCUGUCAGGCACCGUCUCCAUCAAGAGCCGUCAUAUCAGUCGUUCCGGAAGAAUCAUCCUCCAGAAAUUGGAAAUGUUCCGUCGGCGACAAGUCCGGCAGCUUCUCAAGCUUCUCCAGCUGGAGUAUCAAGUGGUUGUGUCCAGCUCCACCGUCGAUCUUCAGCUCGACAAAGAGGACUUCGCCGUCGAUGGCGAUACAGAAUGGUGUUCUGCGGGCAAGAGCAUCAUCGUAUUUAUCACAGGCAAGGACGCGGAAAUUGCUCCUGCCUGGUUCAACGAGAAAUUUAAGAAACUUGGCAACUGGGAGUUUGAACCCGCUGUCGUUUUCGACACGCACGUCUACGUGUAUCCGCUGAUGGUUUCCGUUAAAGGGUGGCGAAUGUCGUGGGAUCAUGAGAGGUGUCCUCCGUGCGACAGGCAUCGCUCUCUGUACGUGUCUUCUGGAGGAGCGUGGGACUCGGGUUCAGCGAUUGCUAAAGAUUUCAUUGAGCAGAAGGUGUGGGCUUUCGCCAGGCUUCGUCUCUUCUCGAAUAGUAAACAGUGGGACACUCUGGCGAGGAUAGUGGAGGAAGGUCUCAGCGUCGGCACGGCGCCUCGAGCACGUUUGCUUCUCGCCAUACGCAUUUUUGAUCUCGCUCGACUCAAGUGCGAGAGGCACGUGAGGAGCCUCGUGUCGAAAAUGGAGUCCUUCCUGCCCUGCAGACCCCAAUCGGGAUUGAUUGCUGAAGCAUUCAAGUUAUCAGCAGUGCAGCGCAGCAGUACUCGCACUUGCACUGAGAAGCUCUUGCUAUCGUCUUCUACCUCGAGUUCGUCUUCGUCUUCUACUUCCGAUGACUCGGGGGAUGAGGAAUGGAGGUUGCGUAUGCAGGAUGUCUUGAGGAAGGAGAAGGGCAAGAAGAAGUCAGAGGUAGUCGAAAAGCAUCAUCGCCAUGAGCACGAGCACGGUCGGCAGCGCGUUGCUGAUCGUCGGCGGGACUCCAGCUCGGAUUCGUCUGAGUCUUCGUCUGAGUCUUCCUCUGGGUCUUCCUCUGAGUCUUCUUCUGACAGGGCCUCUGACAGGCGUCAUCGUAGAUCGCGUCGUCACGAGGUGAAGGUGCAGUCGAAGACGGCAACGGCUGAAGUUCGCCGGCAGCAGAAGAAGACUGAAGGUGCUGUCUCAGAUGAUACUGACGACCUGCAUGUGAAGACCGAAGCGAAAACGACCAGUGUAAAGGUGGAGAAAAAGGCAAAGCACGUGCGGCCGGCGGUUGACAGCAGCACCGAGAGCGAGGACGAUCGCAAGCAUCGCAAGCAGGUGAAGACUGUCGAGAAGAGCAAGAAGGAGACGAGUGACAAGCAAUCUUGCAAAGUUGGAGAAAGAGGGUAUGUCAGCUCCGGGCAGUUAACAAAGGAUAUAAAGCUGCAAGAAACGAAGGAGGGAGAGGUCGAAUAUGUCAGCUCGGGGGGAUUUGUCAGACCCGGACAGUUAACGAAGGAUAUCAAGUUCAAAGGAGAGGAGGACGGAGGGGUACGUUAUGUUGGCUCCGGAGAGUAUGUCAGACCGGGACAACUAACGAAGGACAUCAAGUUGAAAGAAAGGGAGAAGGGAGGGGUGCAUCAUGUCAGCUCCGGAGUGUAUGUGCGACCCGGGCAGUUAACAAAGGAUAUCAAGCUGCAAGAAAGGGAGGAGGCAGAGGUCCAAUAUGUCAGCACCGGGGGAUAUGUCAGACCUGGGCAAUUAACGAAGGAUAUCAAGUUCAAAGGAGAGGAGGAGGGAGGGGUACGAUAUGUUGGCUCUGGAGGGUAUGUCAGACCCGGACAACUAACGAAGGACAUCAAGCUGAAAGAAAGGGAGGAGGGAGGGGUGCAGCAUGUCAGCUCCGGAGGGUAUGUGCGACCCGGGCAGUUAACGAAGGACAUCAAGCUGCAAGAAAGGGAGGAGGGAGAUGUCCAAUAUGUCAGCUCCGGGGGAUAUGUCAGACCCGGGCAAUUAACGAAGGAUAUCAAGUUCAAAGGAGAGGAGGAGGGAGGGGUACGAUAUGUUGGCUCAGGAGGAUAUGUCAGACCCGGACAACUAACGAAGGACAUCAAGCUGAAAGAAAAGGAGGGAGGGGUGCAUCAUGUGAGCUCCGGAGGGUAUGUGCGACCCGGGCAGUUAACGAAGGACAUCAAGCUGCAAGAAGGCGAGGAUGGAGAGGUCCAAUAUGUCAGCUCCGGAGGAUAUGUCAGACCCGGGCAGUUAACGAAGGAUAUCAAGCUGAAAGGAACUGAGAAGGGAGUGCGCAAGCAGGAUUACAAAGGUAAGGUGAAGAUCGUCGAUGAAAGCACCUCCCUCGUUCACAGAACUGAGGAUGAAGCACAGCAGUCAGAGCACCAAUACAAACAGAGCGAUGGGUUGCGGGAGGACCACAGGGGGUACACGAAGCACCAACGCAUGGAGGUAAAGAAGGAUGUUCGCGAGGAGCACAUCGAAACGGAGGACCACAUGAUCUGCGACGACAAGGGAUACAAGCAUUCGGAGGACCGCAAAGGAACCAAGGAGACGACUACAACGAUGAAGAAAAUUGGGCGGUCCGAUUCGGAGGACGAAUGGACAGAGAUUUCCGAUGGGUAUGGGCACAUGAGGCGAGUGAGGAGGACGACGACAACGCGACAAGGAAAGCACCAUGACUCAGAGGACGAAAGAAAGGAUGAGUCGAUGGUCUCCACGUGGCGUAAACGACAGGAGAGCUCGACGGGCAAGAAGGAGAGCUCAUACGAGCACACAAAGGAGGGCAGCCAUGUGGAAAAGAAGAGAGAGGAGAAGACCCUUGUGGAAAAGAAGCAAGAGGAGAAGACCCAUGUUGAAAAGAAGCAAGAGGAGAAGACCUAUGUUGAAAAGAAGAAAGAGGAGAAGGACACAAAAGAGGGGAAGAAGGAAGAGAAGAAAGAAUUGAGGAAAGUUGUGGAAGAAUGCUCCGAGGAUGAAUGGAUUGAGGUGUCCGACGGGCACGGCGGGAAGAAACGUGUCCGUAGGACGAUAACGACAAGGAGGCGACGGAAGAGCAGCGGUGGUGGUUCYGACGAGGACAGUGAAUAUGGAGUUCGGACUACAAGACGAGAAAAGCGGGAGGAGCACUCGAAGGAGAGCAAGGAGAGCAAGGAGAGUAAGAAGGAAGAGAAGAAGGAAUUGAGGAAAGUUGUGGAAGAAUGCUCCGAGGAUGAAUGGACUGAGGUGUCCGACGGGCACGGCGGGAAGAAACGUGUCCGUAGGACGAUAACGACAAGGAGGCGACGGAAGAGCAGCGGUGGUGGUUCUGACGAGGACAGUGAAUAUGGAGUUCGGACUACGAGACGAGAAAAGCGGGAGGAGCACUCGAAGGAGAGCAAGGAGAGUAAGCAGAGCAAAGGGAGCAAGGAAAGCAAGGAGAGUUCGCAUAAGAUUUCGAAAGAGGUGAAGGUGAAAAGAGAGGAGAAGAAAGAGGAGAAGAAGGAGAAGAAAGAGAAGGAUCACAGCGGCAGUGCUUCCGAGGACGAGUGGACUGAAGUUUCGGAUGGGUGUGGAGGGAAGAAACGUGUUCGGAGGAUAACAAGGAUUAGGCGCCGGAAGCAUAAGGGGUCGGGUUCCGAGGAUGGAAGCGACUACGAAGCUUGGGUCAUUAAAAGGCGAACGAGAAGGGAAGAACACAACGAGGGGCACGAGAGCGGCGAGAGUAAGGAGACCAGCAAGAAGAUGACCAAGGAAGAGAAGAGAAUUGCCCACGACAGGAAGAGGGAGGAAGUAGAUAGACACCAUGCCGAGAUUAAGAAAAAGCAUGAGGAGAAGAGAGAGGACGUGGACAGGCGACAUGCCGAGAAGGCAUCACGGAAGGAGGAACACAAGUCCGAAGAGAAGCACAAGUCGACGGAGCACAAAGAGGAGCACCGGGAGUGCAAGUCACACAAGUCCGAAGAGAAGCACAGGGAGCACGAGUCCAAGGAGGAGCACGAGUCCAAGGAGGAGCACGAGUCCAAGGAGGAGCACGAGUCCAAGGAGGAGCACAAGUCCAAGGAGGAGCACAAAUCCAAGGAGGAGCACAAAUCCAAGGAGGAGCACAAAUCCAAGGAGCACAAGGAGUACAAGGAGUGCAAUACCAAGGAGGAGCGCAAGGAGCACAAGUCCAAGGAGCACAAGGAGGAGCACAAGUCCAAGGAGUGCAAGGAGCAGCACAAGGAGCACACGUCCAACGAGCACAAGUCGAAGGAGCACAAGUCGAAGGAGGAGCAUAUGUCGAAGGAGGAGCACAUGUCGAAGGAGCAUAAGGCGAAGGAUCACAAGUCGAUGGAGCAGAAGGCCUCUUCCUCGUCGGAGCAAAAGGCCUCUUCCUCGUCGGAGCGCAAGUCCAGCUCUUCAUCGCACGAGAAGAGCUCAAGCUCGGCUUCUAAAUCCAGUUCACCUUCAGCCAGCAAGGAGAACUUAGAGAAGAGUUCGGGCUCAGCCUCGAAGUCAAGUUCUUCCUCAGAAAAGAAGUCAAGCUCAAGUUCUCAAGAGAAGAGUUCGAAAUCCAGUUCGUCUUCAGGAGGCAUACAAACUUCUUCCGUAACAUACAGUGAGGAGGUUACGGAGGAAAGGGUCAAGAAAAGCGGUGGUGGCAAGAAAAACUCAAGCAAGGGUCAGAAAGAAGAAGAGUGGGAGGAGGUGAUCGUGACCGAGGAGGUUGUUGAUGACUACUAUGAGCCAGGCGGCGUGCCGUCUGAACAACUUUUCUGGGAUGUCGAUCAGCACUGCGUAGAGGUUAGCGAAGUGACCGCCAUGGCGGCAACCGGCGGGUCAUUGGCGAGCCAUCAUCUCGAUCAGAGUUCCGACUACCGGCUUGAGCACUCCUACUCCGCGCAUCCAUACCAAAGUCAACACACGCACCUUGACAAAAGGGCAGGGGACUUCUUGCAACCACGCAUCAUUCCCUAUAGUGCUAUUGCUAGGCCGGAAAAUACGAGCUGGCUGCCACACAGGGAGGAGGAGGAGGUGGUGACGACAGUCACCACUAUGCGGGAGGGCGAGCAGCGGGACAUUCGCCAGAGGGAUGCUCACAGCAAGACUAUAGACAAGGAUGGCAAGUCUAUUUCCCUGCAUCGUGUGCGUCGGAAAGGAGGCAGGUCUCAUGACAGCGCGGCUCACCAGUACAGCAGGAUGGUCACUUACUGGUGGGAGCGGCCGCUGAAGAAUGGCUGGGAGAUGAUGCAGGAGCUCUCGAAGGAGGUGGCCGACUUGGUUCUUUCGCGCCGCUCUCGACCAUCCAGUCAGCCAAUCCUCGACAGCGAGGCUGUGUCUGAAGAUGUGCUCGCAUGGACAGUCCAUCGCCUAUAUGAGCAAGUGUUGCGCGAUGGCAUUUCCCCUGUUCGGAAGGAGCUCUCGAAGUACGAGGAGCUUCUGGGAGUUCUAUGCUCCAAAUCGUCCGAUGGACGUGACGUCAAGAAAGCUCUCGUGUCUGCGAAAGAUCUUAUUGGCGAGUCCUCAAGCUGGAGCGCCUCCCAAGACCACUGUUCUACAAAGUCGCAGAGAAAGUAUCUUGCUGGGUCGCUGCUCAAGAAGCGGGCGGAGAACAUGGUUGAGCUACAUGGGAGAGUGACAGAAGCUCUCUGGCUUGCCAACUCCACCGAUGUCAGUUUCGAGGAAAUGAACGAUGCUCUGGAUCUCUGCAAAGAUCAACUAGCCAGCGUCUCUAAUGCCGAAAAGGAACUGACUUUCAUCACAAACAUCUCAGAGUUUCUGAAGGAGGCCACAAAGCACCGCUCGUCGCUUGCGUGCACUCUGAUGGAGGGAGGGAAGCACAUUCUGGCUGCUAUCCAGGCUAUUGCGGACGUCAAGUUCAGAAAGCUACGUGUAAGGAAACAACUCCCACGCCGUGCCCUGAGUUUGUAUCGUGUCAUCAGGAAGAUCGAGCGGAAGGUGGAAUCGGGAGACGUGGACGGUUACCUUCUAGUUGUGAAGGAACAUGCUCGUGACAAACUCGCGAAGAGGAGGGGGGCCCGUCAGCGGAAGGAAAAGAUGAGAAAGAAGGAAAAAGAGGAGUGUAAGCGGAAGUCGCACCGAUUGAAGCAUGUUUCGUCGUCUGAUUUUUCUUUCUCUGAUUCGGAGGAAACGAGCAGCAGCAUUCUCUCGUUGACGAGCUCUUCCCAUUCUGGUUCCUUCUCAGGUUGCUCCUCUGACUGUUGUUAUUCUGAUGGGAAAAGAAGAAGCCGUCAUCGUCGCCACCGCGUUGGCAGGCGCCCUCAUUACCGCUCGGAACGAGAGCACUGGUCGUCCUCCCUUGAGUCCGACCAUAUCAUGUACGCGAGCACUGACUCUGAUUGGUUGUCUUCUGACGAGUCAUUGAGAUGUUGGUCCACCUUGAGCUCCGACGACGGAUGCGUGCUUGUUCCCGACGGGGAGAAAGGAAGGCACGUACUGGAGACAAAGGUCAUGCAUGUCGACGCUGUCAUCCGGGAAACUCUCAAAUGCUUGUUCUCCGACGUGUGCAAGAGUGAUGCGAACGCUCUGAGCUGGAAGAACGACCUCAACUGGCGGGUGCGCAUGCAAACGUGGCUUCGAAUCAGCUGGGAUGUCGUGCGAAAGAUUGCUCCAGCCAGCAAAGAGGGAGAGCUGAGGAGUCUUCUCAAGACAUGGAGUCUGAAGGACAGACUGUCCGAAGCGCAGGUCGUAGAGAUCUGUGCCUUGAAGCACCUUAGGAAGGUUACUGAAUUGCCCACGAAUCUGUUCGAGCCACAGGCUCGACGAUCUCCUCGCGAAGACGAGGCGGUGGACCCGCGAGUGGACUGGAUUGUUCAGGAUGUCUGGCGGCUUGCCAUGGGAGUGACAAUGUGGUUUGAAGAUCUUGCUGAAGAAAACUGGGGUUGGUUGUGAUCAGGAGGUCCGAACCAAGAAUGCAGGACUCGUGGUUGUACGGCUUCCCGUCGCAUUUGAGGAAUGGGGACAUUCUGGUGGGUCGACAAGCGUGGCCUACCUCCAUGCGAUUCUGGUGACUCUUGAUAACAGAUAGACGACGCUCUCCAGAACCCGUUCCAUUUCUACAGUCCGGAUAAUGAAUAUCUGUGCAUGGA